CACACUGUCAAUAUCCAAGCCGUUUUUGAAUUGCAUUAACUUCGACAUCGUAAAUGCUGGGCUUUCUCCCGAUAUUCGGUUCCAAACAAUCCCCGCGAGCCUUCCAUAACCGGCUACCCUUGAAGAAAGUUCUCUUAUAUAUACGACAACCUAGUACCCACUUCUUUUCCUCCAAACGAGAUGUCGGACGCAACUCAUGCCAGAAGUGUAACAGGUGAUACGCUCAUUGAUUCGAGUCCUUCACAAUCCCCUUCAGCCUCUACUUUCGUGGAUGCCCCCAAGGCUACGACAGAAAGGAUUGUCCCACCGGAACACCCCUACCGGACUCUAGUGCUCUGUUUUGACGGUACUGGCGAUCAAUUCGACGCGGAUAACUCGAACAUUGUCGAAUUUUUCACCCUACUAAAGAAGGAUGAUCGGUCAAAGCAGAUGGUUUACUACCAAGCAGGGAUUGGAACAUACACAACGCCACAAGUCGCUACCCCUCUCAUGGCAAAAAUUUCCAAGGCACUCGACGAAGCUAUUGCUUGGAACCUUGAUGCCCAUGUCAUGGGUGGAUACGAGUUCUUGAUGCAGAAUUACACAGCAGGCGACAGGAUUUGCAUAUUCGGUUUCUCGAGGGGGUCUUAUACUGCUCGAAGUCUAGCGGGUAUGAUUCACAAAGUCGGAAUCUUGCCCGCAUGCAAUCACCAACAAGUUCCAUUUGCGUACAAGAUGUACACUCGUGCCGACGAAAUCGGUUGGGAGCAAUCCAACGCUUUCAAAAAAGCUUUCUCUAUCGAUGCCGACAUCGAGUUUAUCGGCGUAUGGGAUACCGUUAACUCCGUGGGGCUCAUCCCGAAGCGCCUUCCAUUCACCACAUCCAAUACCAACGUCCGAACAUUCCGCCAUGCAGUUGCCCUCGACGAACGACGUGCCAAGUUCAAAGCAAACCUAUGGAACCGUCCAUCACAAAAGGAGGCUGAGCUGGGGCUGGACGGUAAACCCAAAGAUCGCCGUCAUCGCUGCGACGAACCCAGUCUGAUGAAUAUGAUUGCUGAUGCGGCGGGGAAACAGUCGGACCACUCGAAGCAUGCACAUACGUUAAGGGCCCUGGAGAGGAAGUAUUCCAAGGAUCGGAAUUCUCCGACGGAUAUUGAAGAGGUUUGGUUUGCAGGAUGUCAUUGUGACGUUGGCGGUGGCUCCGUCUCAAACGACACUAAACCCAAUCUCGCUCGUAUCCCUCUCAGAUGGAUGAUUCGUGAAUGUUUCAGAACCAACACCGGUAUCAUGUUCCACGCUGACCUUCUCGAAGACCUCAUGGGCAUGGAUUCCUCAGCACUCUACCCGACUGUCCUUCCUCGUCCUCCCCCAUUGAAAAUCACCCAAGAACAUUAUAUCAGACGACCUACCUCCUCCUCUUCCCAGGUCAUCAAACGACCGACAGAGGAAGAACUCGAGUUAGCUGAUGCACUUUCCCCAAUUUACGACCAACUCUCUCUAAAAUGGUUCUGGUGGAUUCUCGAAUUCUGGCCAGUUCGGAUGCGAUACCAACAGGGGGAUGGAUCAUGGAAAUCGUUCUUGGGGUGGAAUUUGGGGCGAGGGAGGAUCAUUCCAAAGCAAAAGACGAGGGGGGUUAAGGUUCAUAGGAGUGUCAAGAUGAGAUUGGAGGCACAGCAUGAGGAUGGGGGAAGGUAUGUACCAAAGGCGAAGUUUGAUGAGCAGUAUGUUACAUGGGUGGAUUGAUAUUUACUGUACCGUUUUUUCUUUGGCACUGUAUCCUUAUUACUUACGAACCUGCCUAAAUAAUCAGUGGCAAUAUAAAACUUUUCGUUAUAAAGAGAAUAUCAAUGACAAACUGG